AUGUCCGGACCACAAGCGCCAUCACCUGCAUCAGCUACUGGCGAACUUCAACAAGCAGAGACAGCCAAAAAAAUAAAGGCGGAAUAUGGCACCUUCGGUCAGGUGUUAUACCACCUGGUGUCUUUCACUGAGGGUUACGAGCAGCAGGUGUUGUACUUGUGCAUGAGGCUCUUCGAGUCAACUAUGGGCUUCACCAAGCAGCAGCAGACGAUGCUGAUGACUGUGUCUAUCAUGUCGCGCUUAUGCUUCUCGCUCGUUUGGGGGCUGCUGGCGGACGCAUUUGAGACUAACCUGGUGAUGUCUGCUGGGUUAUUAUUCAUGGGUAUCGCCUCGAUUCUGCUAAGCUCGACGUCACGCUUCUCGUCGAUUCUAUUUUUGCGCUUCUUGCACGGUGCUGCAUUUGGCUGUAUCUAUCCAGUUCAACAGAAGAUUAUCUCGGAUGAAGAUGAUGAUCAGGAAGGCGGCAGUAGCAGUGCGUUUACUCGUAUUCAUGCGCUUAAUUGCAUUGGCCGUAUGCUGUGUGCCGCAAUAACCACGGAAGCUGCUCAAAACAUCUUGCUGGGAUUCAUCGGCUGGCGCGUGUCAUACAUUGUGUUGGGUUACGUGUGGAUUUCGGUGGGAAUUGCGAUUGUAUUUGCAAUGCAUACUGAUAAGGUAGUUACAACUCCGUAUCAAUCCACGACAGAUUUCAUCAACCGAAUAUCUGGAGCCUUUAAAGCGGUUUUCAGAUCUUGGUCAUCGUUUUUGUGUAUAUUUACGAUGUUGAUUUCGGAGGCUCCGAUGUGCACCUUGCCGUACAUGAUCACUUACCUGGAGUACCUUGGAGUGUCUGACAUGAAAGUGGGUAUUGCGAUUGUUGUCACGACGAUUGGCGGCGCAGCAGGGACUGCAGCUGGAGGAAUAGUCAUUGAAAAUAUUACAAAAACGCAUAAAGAAUAUGGCGAACUUAUUGCCGGUAUCGUCGUGAUGGGCGUUCGAUUAAUCGUUUGCGUGUUGUUCUUUGUGUCCCCGGCGCCGGAUGGACGUUUGAUGUGGUAUCACUACAUAGAGUUUGCGGUUCUCGGGGCUACGUUGGUCACUGUUGGCGGCGUUGAUAGACCCAUUAUGAGGAAAGUCAUCGAGGACAAGUACCAGGCCAGCGCAUCGGCCAUCAUCCAAUGCAUAUCGGGUAUUUCAAUUAGCGUGAGUUUCGUCGAGAUCUUCGCAUACGUGUCGGAGAAGCUGCAUGGUUACGCACCGUCAACACAGGCAAUUGAUGACAUGGACGCAGCUCUCAAAGAUAACAACACUGAGGCGCUGAGGAAGUCGACCAUGUACAUGAUUGUGAUAGGCUCACUGCUUAACAUCGCAUGCUAUGGUGCCUUGUUUGCCACAUAUAAGAAGGACAAGGAGACAAUUGUACCGGAUAAUAAAAAAGAAUGGGAGGACAGGAAUAAGAGGCAAGAAAUAAGGGAUGAAAUGAAGAAAAAGAAGCCAGAAGAAGUGGCUAUCUUAGAGGUACCAGCAGACCCAGAGACACGGUCUCGAGUGGAAGUGGAAGUGAAAGCGCAAGGGGACGACGAAGUGAAUAUGCUCACCGAAUUGCCAAGACCAGAAGGGCGAUCGGAUGACGAUGAUGAGGUGUUAUCUUCGGACGAAGCGGUGCGAAAUUAUCUGAGUACUACCGGUCGCUCUUGGGAACGACGGGGAUAA